GCACACGCCUUCUCAUCAGCAAACGCAGACAGCUUAGCGUGUGGAUCGUGUUGGCAUUGACACGUUGGCGUCAGCUGUCCGUGCAGAACGGCCGCCAGGAGUUGCAACGGAAGCAUGAGGCGGGUGCAAUAUGACCAGAUGAACAAGACGGUCUCUACUUCUACUUCAUCUCUAGGCUGGUAUGCCGUUGUCUUGGUAUGACUUGCGCCUCAAAAUGAUCUGGGGAUGCCAAUACUAUCGGCAGAAGGUGGCGAGUGUGUCCAACUCCGUUCGAUCACCACGUCAUGACCCGACGCUCCUCUGCAUCUCCUGGCUCACGGCCAGCGAGGCCUUCAACGCUCACUCUUUGAUUUGGUUGCUGUGAGCAAGUCGAACGUAGCACAAUAGACGAGAAUGCCGUCACAAGACCGAUCUACUACUGUUAGUGUCCUCCGCUUCAUUGGAGGCGUGGCGAUCGCGGCGGUCGCCGUGUCCGGCGUGGACGGACGGCAGAUGCACGCCGGCCUUGACUACCACCGCUACCUGGCUGAACGAGCCGAGACCAGACAGGAACUGGCCGACUGGAAGGCCAAUUUCGGCGAGAUGGCCAAGAACAACGGCUGGAUGCCUCCCCCCACCAGUAACUCUGAGGAGCGCAGUGCCGACGACGACGAGGAAGACCACCUCCAGCGGUUCUACAUGACCAAACAGAACAUCUCGGCCAUCCAGGCGCUCAACCCGAACGCUAAUUUCUCAGUCAACACACCGUUCACAUUGCUCACGAAUGACGAGUUCGCAGCUUACGUAGGUAAAGCCUAUCGCACCUACAACGGGUCAUCGGUGCCCACGAACCGCCGGCUUCGAAGCUGGCACAGAAGUAGCAGCACCAAGACGACAUACAACAGCGGCACGCCCGGCGCCAUCUCCAAAAUUACGAGCACAAGCACUAGCAGCGGGACUAACAGCAACACCCAGGCGUCGGUUCUCGGCGGGACUGUGAAUGGGGGCACGAACUACGAGACGACAAGCGUUAAGACAAUCACUACUACUGGGGCCGAUGGUAAAAGCACCACCACGACUACCACGACGACAUCUUCAGGACCUGGUACGGAAUCUACGACCGUCACUACAUCCUCAGGAUCCGCUUCUACCAUGUCAAAUUUCGGAUUUGGAUCGGGAUUCUCGUCGCUGUGGCAACAAUGGGGCAACGGCUUCAACUUUGGUGGCAUGGGUCGGAACGAUUUCCACCCCGAGACGGUCAAACCUGCAGGUUCUGCCUCCAGUUCGCCAACCACCAAUGCCCCCUCCACCCCGACGCCUAUCACCGCGGCGCCAACGCCCACACCGACUCAAACGACGGCCACUCCUAGUGCAACAGCCCCGACAAAGUCUUUUACCACAACGGUGACGGCUACAGAUACAUCCACAGCCUCUACCUCGAACGAAGUCGACUGGACGGACUCGAGCUGCAUGUCCCCCAUUCAAAACCAAGGCUCGUGCGGCGAUUGCUGGGCAUUCUCCACUGCUGCGGCGAUCGAGUCUGGUCAGUGCAUCAAUGGCGGCCAGAAGACACUCAAUAAGUACUCGGAGCAGCAGCUCACGAGCUGUGAUAGUCAAAACUACGGGUGUUCCGGUGGCGCACCGAUCUACGCCAUGGAGUAUGUUCAACAGAACGGGCUGUGCACGGAAGAUGACUACCCGUUCACGUCUUCAGAUGGCACAGCGGCGUCGUGCUCUAAUGGGUGCUCGGCUGUGGACACAGGAAUCACCGGCUACGAGACGGUGGAUGAUGCAUCAGGUCUUGCUACUGCAGUGGCCCAGCAACCAGUGAUCAUCGCUGUGGCGUCGGGUAACAAUGCGUGGAAACAGUAUACGGGUGGUGUGAUCUCGUCAUGUGACACUAGCGAACUCGACCACGCUGUCGUGGUCGUAGGCUACACGGACAGCGAGUGGAAGAUCCGCAACUCGUGGGGCGAUUCCUGGGGCGAGGAGGGCUAUAUUCGACUCGAACGAACGAGUGACAGCACAGGCACCUGUGGAAUGUACGGCGAUAUGUCGUACCCCAUCUUCUAAGGCAAGUAGAUGCAGAGGAUGAGUAUGUAUGUAGUAUGUGUCGGUGGUAGUGAAGAGUGCGAUAAAUGCGUCAAAUAACAAGUAACCCCAACGUAGUUUUUCGGUGGAGACAAAGCAC